GAAAUCUCGGGGUCAUUAUCUCGAUGUAUACUCCGUUAAUAGCAACCCCCCGAAUUCGUCGCAACAUUUGCCAACAUCUUCGACGAUUUUUGGUGAAAUAAUAACACAUUUAUGUCCACAAAUACCAUGAUGUGCCAAAGGUACUAGUGCCUGGAUGAUUGCGUAACACUGGAGCCGUGAUUUGGGUCGAAUGUUGUGAAAUUUGGACGUAAGUUUGCCCAAUUUUUCGCCAAGCCGCGGGGUGCGAAGCCGUCAUGUUACGCGCAGCUGCCGUGUAGCCGUAGACGACUCAUGCAUAAAUUGACUCCUCAUAUAUCCUUUUACCUAUUUAUACGAAACAACAAGGGCAAACAAAAAAAUGGUGUCCGUUUCUUAUCCGGAAUCGUCGCUCGAUUUGUGACUAAAUUUGACGGAAUUUAUCCCAAGUUUUCAUCCAUUCACUUCACUACAGGCCCAGUAUGGAGCCAGCUGAGAGCUCUGCCCCUAAAAGUCCUGUUGGACUGGGGGCAGGUUUCUUUGAUUCUUCACAUCUCUUUGCACAUCCCUUGUUUGCUGCCGCUGCAGCUGCCGCUCACCCCUCCACCAGCCAAGACCAGUUCUCCAUGACACACAUGCCCAGUGCCUUUUCCAUGUUUGGGGCACACCCCGCCUUCUCCUCCCAUCUCAUGGGGGCGGAGUUUGGAGGCCUCGGGUCGCUAAGGGCAACUGCUUCUUCCCUAGGUGCUUCCACUUCAGUCCCGGGAUGGCCUUUUGAGGCUAGUGCUCAGUUGUAUAGCCUGGCAAAUUUAGGUGGUGCCAAGACCGGAAGAGGGCGAGGUCGAGGUAGGGGAAGGGGACGCGGAAGAGGGCGUGGCUCAUCCCUCCUGAGCAGAGGCACCAGCAGUACCACCACCUCCACCACCACCAGUACCACCUCUACCAGGGGUAGGAGAGGUAGACCCAGGAGGGUAGAGUAUGCACCCCAGUACCUGUUUGGGGACCCUGCUGCCCUCAUGAUGGGGCUCAAUGGGUCGCCCCUCGGAGCGAGCACCAGUCUCGGUUCCUCUUCACCACUCUCUCUCCUCGGGACCAAAGACGCAAACUCAGUCAUCAAGGAAUCUCCAAGCAUGUUAUUGAAAACACCGCCCCUGUCUCUGAGUCGGGAAAAGGGCACCCCGUCGCCUUCCUCCAAGCACAGCAAUAGUCACAGUCACAGAGAGAGGAGCGAGAGAGGAGCCGCUGAUGAGGGGAGUAGGUUAGAGGAAGGGGGCCUGACCGAUUCCGACGGAAGCCUGUCGGACCUGGAGGCAGGGAUCCUGAGCUCCGGUGGGAGCCACCCGGACAGCAGCAGCGGUGGCUCCAUCUCGGAUUCGGAGUCGGAGGAUAAGGAGAUGGCGGCAAUAAUGGAGACCAAAAAGCAGCUGGAGGCCAAGAAAAUGGAGCUUCUUCACCAGCAAGAGCAGCUUAAGAAACAACAGCACAAAGCUCAACAGAAGAAACACAAGGAGCGAGCCCUGAAAGAACAGCAUGCCCACGAGCAAAACGUGCACGAGGAGGAACAGCGGCGCAGAGUGUUGGCCCUCACCCAGCAGUUUGAGCAGCAGAUCAAAGCACAGCAGCAGCAGCUCCGCCUUCAAAAGAAGGCCCGGGCGGAGCGGCAAGCUGCCUUCCAACGAGAGAAAGAUUACCGCAGCACCGCCUCGCAGGCUGCGGCUGCUGCAGCCGCUAGCGCAGCAGCUAGAUCGGCAGCCCAGAAGGCGCAGUCUCCCCCGAGGCAUUCAGACCUACUAGACCAACCUCAGGAUCUCAGUGUAAAUAGCUCUCGGAGAUAUGAGAGGACUGAGGAAGAACAGACCAAAGAAAGGAAAAAGAGGAAGAAACUUGCGGCCAUCAUCAACAACCUUGCCCAGUCGUCCAGCUACUCCUCCUCCUCCCACUCCAUGUCAGCUCUGGAUGCAGUCUCCACGGGGGCGGCGUCCAGGCUUGACAACGGGCUGGUGGAUAGUGAGCAGGGCUCCCUCAGGGGUGAUGGUAGUGAGAGGGGGACACCAUCAUCGUUUGCUAAUGGCAUGGAUGAAGCAGAUUACAGAGGUUCUUCAAUGUCAGCUGCCAGUGAUGAUGACAGAGACUGUAACAGUAGUAACGUUGAUAGUGAAUCCAUGACCCUUGACUCAGGAAGCAGUACACCUGUACCAAUCAGGAUGACCCUCAAACGACCCUCCGACAUGGUGCCGCUUUUCACUCAAAUGCCAAUGAAGAGGAAACGGCUUCGCGUAACGGACGAGCGUGCGGUGAGAUGGCCCCUAGCUAACGGAUGGCGUCGGCAGACCAUCAUCAGGCAGCUCGGCCCUGGUGAUAGGAUCAAAGGUGAUGUCAUCUACUACGCACCCUGCGGGAAGAAGCUACGGACCUACCCUGAGGUCGUCAGGUACAUCGAGAGGCGGGGCAUCACCAGCGUGGCCAGGGAACACUUCAGCUACAGCGCUAAGAUGAGAAUCGGAGAGUUCCUCAACCCAAAGCCAGAUGGAGACGGGGGAAUCAUCUUUGAGAAGCUGUCCGAGGACGAGCUGUACGACCGCAUGCACUACGGCCAUCGUCGCAGCAAGGCGGCUCGCAUGCAACGCCAAGCCGAGAAGAGGCGCAUAGCUCAGGAACUUGCCAGACGUGCCAACGAAGCCAAGGAGCGAAGGCGUCUUGAACAGCAAGAAAUGGCGAGGAGGGUAAAUGAGGCUAAAUUGAGGCGUAAGAUGGAGAGGCAGGACCAACAGGAUGGAAUGCGGGAGUCACGGCGCCACCAGGCUCUGCAGUUGGCCGAGGAGAAGCGCCGUGACAAGGAACAGCGUCUAUUCAUGAGACAACAGCAGAAGAUAGCUCGUCUACAACAGAUGAGAAUGGAGCGAGAGGUCCGUACCCAGCAGCUUAUUGAGGACCGCAAAAAACGGAAAGAGGUGGAAGCAAGUCAGAAAACCAUGGAUACGAUAAGACGUGCUAAGGAAAGAGAAAUGAGGAGGCAACAUGCUGUACAUCAAAAACAUCAGGAGCGAGAGAGAAGAAAGCAGCACAUGCUCCUUGUAAGAGCACUGGAGGCUCGGAAGAAGGCAGAGGAGAAGGAGCGAGAAAAGCAGGUGAAGAGGACAGAGAAGUACUACCGAAGAGAGAGGAGAAUGCAACAGAGGAUUCUGGAAAGAGACAUGACUAGAGAGAUCAAGAAAGCAGUGGAAGAUAUGAAGCUUGUUCCGGAAGCUCCCGCCUUGCCUGAGCUGGAUCGUGUGAAGGGUUUGACCAUCUGUGGAGCUGCCUUUGCAGACUGUCUCAUGGUCAUUGAGUUUCUACACACCUUUGGCGAUUCACUAGGUUUAGAUGAUGACGAUGACAUCCCGACCAUGGCUAUCCUCCAGGCCAGCCUGCAGAAUGAAGAAGAACAUGUCCCUGUCCUUGUUUCCUUGGCGAUGAGACUCGUCAACAGUGCAAUGGAAGACCCAGGUCUACCAGAUGAUGACAAAACACCAGAUGCAAUGACAGCUGGUGGGCAACGUCUAUUAGAGAUUGAUGUUACUCAGGAGAACCUAUCUGAAGUACUCAGCUGCUACCUCAAGGCUAUGAAAGGCUCAACCGAUGAGCUCGCUGUCAAGCUCCAGACAGUGCCAUUCCUGGCCCUCAAUCCCACCCACAAGGCCAGUAUUCUUGGCUACCUGGUCAAUCAGCUGGUCUGUAGUGACCGGGUAGUGGGCUGUAUCGACAACAGCAUGGAGAACCUCUCCAAUCUACGCAGGGACAAGUGGGUCGUCGAAGGAAAGAUCCGCAAACUGAGAAUCCAACAGGAGAAGAAGUUUGGCAAACUCAACGACUCGGUCAAGCGCAAACGGGGGCGCCCUCCAAAGAACCCGGAGGAUAUGGAAGCUGGAGAGGAGUUCAAGUUUGAGGAGGAGGGCAAAGAUGGAGGAGAGAAAGACCUGGAAGAUAUACCAAGAACGGAUGACGUCAGAGAGGAGGAGGAGGGAGAGAAGGAAGGAGAGAACAGAGGAGAAAAGGAAGGGGAGAAGGAAGGAGAGAAACCGAUGGAAACGCAAGAGGUGGUGGAGGAGAAGGAAAAAGAGAAGGAGAAGGAGAAGGAGAAGAAGGAGAAGGAUAAGGAUGGAAAGCAGAGUCCAACCAGAGAACAGCUGGAUAAGAAAAUUGAGAAGCUCUCAAAGCAACAUGGCCAGUUCCGAAACAAGAUAUUUGAAGCAUCGCAUUCCCUGCGUGCCAUGUCGUUUGGCAUGGACCGUUACAAGCGUCGCUACUGGGUGCUACCUCAUUCUGGAGGGGUUCUAGUGGAAGGAAUGGAGAGUGCCAUACCCGACGAGUUUGCUGCCCUCGUGAAUUCAAACUGUGAUGAGGCCACAGAGCCUGUUGAUACCAAAGAUAAUAUUAAAACCGAAACCCAAGACAGUACAGUGCCGACAGAACCUGCAAUAAAACAAGAAGCUGAAGAGCAAAUAAAGCAAGAGAGCGAAAGGACGCUAGAAAAUGAGCCUGAAGUGAAAAUGGAAGUUGAGGAAGGAAAGUCAGAGGAAACGAAAUCAGAUGAAGCAAAAUCAAAGGAAGGAAAGUCAGAGGAUGUAGUUGAACAAGCCUUAGAUUUCAGUGAAAAGAAGGAGAGGGACACUGACCAGGCUUUGGAUUUAAGCGAUAAGACAGGUGCUAUGAGAGACGAAAUUGCCAAAGGGUCAGAGCAGCCAGAGGAAAUGGAGGUAUGUAAUGGACCUAAAGCUGACGAGAGCAAAGAAGAUGCGCAAAACUUGAUGGUUGAGAAACCUGAGAAUCUCUCAAAGUCAGGCAUCUUCCAGAGCGAUGAUGAGAGUAGGGAUAAAGUUGAGGAGGACAGUGAAGCAGUUGUCAAGGAGAUCAUCAAUGAUGUAGUGAAUGCUGCCGCUAACGGUGUUGAUAGAUAUGCUGCUGAUGUUGAGAAAAGUGCUCACAGUCAUGCCCAGAUGAACGGGGAGUGUGAUAAGGACAUGAAGGAGGAUGAGAGAGCCAGUACCAACGAGAAAUCUCUUGAGGAGAUCCCAGACCCCAAGCCAGGAUUUUUGAACCUUGAGGGACUAGUUCCCAGGUCGGACUCGUCGUCUCCUUUGAUUAAACCUUACAAUGGUGGUGAACUCAUUACAGCUGAUCAGCUUAGUAAACUCCCCGGCUCCAAGCUCAACGGAGUCUCGGACUCGUCCAACACGUGGUUCAGUAUCUUGCCUCGCCUUCCUUGUGAUGAGAACUCCCUCACCAAGUCAGAAAGCGCCACCUCUGUGGACUCCUCCCAGGUGGAGACGACGUCCACAUCGCAGACCACUGCUGAUGGCAGCCAGGUCUCUGCCGCUACAGCCGCUGCGUUCCCUGCCGCCGCGUUCGCCUUCAACCCCUACAUCUACCACAUGCCCAUCCCCUUGAUGCCUAUGGGCCAGAUGAACUCUUUCCUGGGGACAUACGCUGCCUUUCCCCAGAUGGCUGCUAUUCCUAUGCAGCAGAUGGGUCCCACCUUGAACGAAAACGGGACAGAGGCUGAACAGGCUGUGGCCAUGGAGCAAUGCUAUGCUCACAAUCUGAUCAAGCAGGAGAAGUCUGAAGAGACAGAAGAAGAAGAGGAAGAGAACAAGGCCAUUGCGCAGAUGAAAGCUGUUCUAGCUCAGAUCGAGGCUGCUAAGGUUGAACCCAUCCCAAAGAACUUACAGCAUGGUUGGUGGUACGUCUCCAACCCAGAGAAGAUGGCCGACAUCACACGUAACCUCUACGGGCGGGGCUUCCGAGAGAGGAGUCUUCAGAAGAGCCUACAGAAAUACACUGAGUUCUGUGCCAAGGCCUGCACUAAAGGACUUCAUAAGACCUUGAAGAUGGCAGCGAACCCCAAUGUGAAGGAGGGAGGCUACGUGGAUCCCGACCCUUCCCACAGUUGGAACGAGGAGCUUGCCUUCAACAUUGAGAAGGAGAUGAUCAUUGCUAUUGAAGCCAUGGAGGAGAAACUUAACCAGGGAUUUAUGCAAACCAAGGAUUGGGUGAUCCCUGACAGAGCCACAGAGAGCCCUGAACUUGUUUCGUGUCAAGCAGCCAAGGAAGCCAAUAUUGACUUGGUGGACUUUGCCAUCCAGAGGCUACAAUCCUUUGAGAAAGCAGUAGAGAGGAGAUACCUUAGACCACCUCUUGGAUUUAGGGAUCACACUACCUUUUCUGUGGAUGCAGCAAUAAGCAAAGAGGAAAAGAAGAAGGAAAGGGAAAGGAAAGAGAGGGAGAGAAAGGAGCGAGACAGGAGAGAGAAACUGAGAGAAGCAGCCCGCAUCAAACGCGACGAGGAGGAGCUGCAGCUGCGUCUUCAGCGACAGGCUGGCAUCAUACUCAACUUCAAUGAAGAUUCCAACACCACCGAGUGCGCCGACAAGGAAGACGAAGACAAGACAGAGAGGAUGGAGGUCGACGAUGACGACAGGACGCUGGUCGUCGACGAGGCUUCCAUGGAUGUUUCCAAGUCCACGCACGAGGAGGAAGAGGAUAAGCCGGAGGAGGAUGGAGAGGCGAAGAACGACAAGGAUGAUGAGCAUCAUAAUUUGGAUGACGAGGAGGGAGAUGGUUUCAUCCGAUCCGACGUCCCAAGAGGCAUGUCAAGAUGGAGGAGAUCGGUGGCCGACUGCUCCUCUGCAGCUCAGCUCUACAUCUGUAUCAUCAUGCUGGAUAGAUGCAUCGCAUGGGACAAGUCCAUCAUGAAAGCUUCUUGUAAGGUGUGUCGGCGCUCCUGCGAUGAGGCUAAGUUGCUGCUGUGUGACUGGUGCGACAGAGGCUACCAUAUGUAUUGUCUCAAACCCAAAAUAACAGAAGUGCCAGAGGGAGACUGGUAUUGCGACAAUUGCACCCAAAAGCCCUCAUCGCAGCAAGCCAAGAAGGAGACACCCAGCAAGAAGAAGAAGAAGAGCAGUAAAUCCAAGAAAUCCUCCGAGUCCGGUCGCAACACGCCGGUCAUGGAUGCGGCCGGUAGCCCUGCAGCAGCAGCCUCCUCAAAGGACGAGACGGACAAAGCAGAGAAGAAGUCCGAGAAGAAAUCGGAGAAGAAAUCGGAAAAGAAGUCGGAUAAGAAAUCCUCCAAGAAGUCGUCUUCAGUGCCAAAGGAACUCCAACCUUGCAAGCAAAUCCUUGGUGAAAUUGAGAAGGAGCAAAACUCAUGGCCGUUCAUGGCUCCCGUCAACACUAAGCAGAUUCCUACAUACCGUAAGAUCAUCAAACAACCGAUGGACUUCAGCACCAUGAAGAGCAAACUCAAGGAGAAGAAAUACAAGACACUAGACGAAUUUGCAGGCGAUGCACGUCUCAUUUUUGAUAACUGUGAAACGUUUAACGAGGACGAAUCUGAAGUGGGCCGGGCCGGGCACGCAAUGCGUUCUUUCUUCGAGACAAGAUGGAUGGAGCUUUCGGAAAUGUCAUAAUACUUUUCAUUCAAGCAAUCAAGAAUUAAUAUAAAUAAACCUUCGCAAUGUCCUCCACGUACGAAACAAAGCUCUUAAAUUAUUGUAUUUCUGAAGAGUAAGUUUGACAAAAAAUGUUAUUUUGGAAUAAUCUAUGCUUGAUAAUAAGACGUUCGUGUAUUCAAUGUUUGUUCGUUUCUGUGACUGAAGUUUUCAUCAUUAUUGGUAUGGUGUCCACCUGUACAUAGCUAACUGUAGUAUGUCAUUAGUUGUUGAGUGAAUUGUGUUUGAUCGGCAGCUGCCUUGUAAAUUGAUCUGGAUCAGUUUCUUGCAAAAUUCCUCGUGUUAUUUCCUCCACAUCAGCUUCCGCGACUACUUGAAUGAAUUGUAAAUGCAGCCACGCUGAUUGACUGAUAUUUUUAGAUUUGUUAUUGUCGAUAGUUUUGGAUGCAUGAUGUUGAUUUUAGUCUAGUCUGUAGUCAGUAAUAAUCCUACCUCAAAACUCUGACUCUCAAUCAUAAUUAGCAUUAGAGACAAUCUGUGAAGUCAUCAGACUCAAAGUAUAAAUCAUGGGUUUCCUUCAAUGUAGCGCUUAAAUCCAUUAACAUUGAAUGGCCUUACAGGCAUCGAAAUCACAUCUAGGCGUUUUCUCAAAACACGCAACUAUUUACCACGCUUUAUUUAUUUAUAUUUGUAAUAUGGAUGAGUGUAUGUUAUUUGAAUACAGAUUGCAAAAUGCAGAACGAAAGAGGAGUCUCAUAGUAUAAAUUCAACUCUCAAACAUUGUGGGCAUUGUGUAUGAAUAUUUCAUUCUGUUUUCAGUAGAUUAAUCAGAUUUUGAGAGUAGUUGCAGGUCCUACUAUGAUGUUGUGGUUUAUACAUGUAUCGACCAAUCAGAUGACACCAAAAGAAAAGUAUUUAUUCAUCUAGUUUCUGAAUGUGCUGGUAACCCUAUAAUGAAGCUAAUUUAUUUACAUUAAUGAAUUCCUUCCAUUCUAUCCAUUGAAAAUUGUUAUUAUUUAUUUGAUUAUGAUCUAUGGAGUAAUUGUAUGUUACUAUGUAGGAAAGGAAGUUUUGUCACUUGUUACAAUGUUCAUGCUACUGCAGUAUAUCCACUUGUUUGUAUCAACACGGUAGAUUUUCCAUUGUACAGUUGAAAAGUCUAGGCAUAGUGUAAUCUAUACGAUCAUUUUUGUAUGAAUUGGGCAUUAACAGCCUUUAGAAACAUGUGUCUAGCAGCUACUUUCAACUUUUUCCAAAUGUAUGAUCGUCCUACAUGUUUUUCCUUUCUCCUGCUCAUAUACACAACCAUCCCCCCCCCCAGAAAAAAAAAAUCCCACACAUGUUUCUUGUAUCUUCUUCCUAUCAUAUUUUAGGUGACAUUUUAAGAGCUUUAAAGACUUCAAUGUUGAACCGAUAUGGUUGAAUGUAAAUUGAUAGUUCAGAUGCCUUGACAAUUUCCAAAUUUGAGUUUGAGUUUUAUGAAAUUCCUACAUUUAAUGCAAUAUUUACCAGUUAACUUGUACUUGUACCAGGAGGUCUAGGGCAAACAAAAUGGGGCAAUAUUAUGUGAAUAACUUGCCAGUGGUAUUUUUAAAGGGGAAAGCUGAAUUAUUAAGGUUAAAAAAGAAAUGCCAAUAAUUCAUUCUGUGUAUGCAAUGCCCUUGACACAGAGCUAUAAAGCUCUAAAUCUAUUUUCAGGAAUCAUGGGAUAUUUCUAUAUCUAUAGGGAAGGGAUAAGAAGGGAGGGGAGGGGGGGGGGUGCAAACAGAACUACUCUCAGACUCUGAAAUGUCCUGUAUUACAUGUAUUCACAAUUCGGCGGUAAUAUAUAAUUUUAAGAUCUGCUCAUAAAAAGCCCAAUUGUUUUAAAGUCCAUUACAGUAAUGAAUAAGGAGAUUUGCGAGAUAUAUUUUGCAGAUUUUCUCUUUGAAGGUGAAUAUUGAAAGAAUAAGGAAAGGCAAAUAAAAUGGGUGUUCACAGAAUGCCCCUCCAUACAAGCCUUACACCCCAUUUGAAAACAAUUCAAAACUAGCUAUUCUUCUUUGGUGGCCUUGCAUCUACGUUGUAUGUAGUCUUUCAUGAUUUCAUCUCACCUUUUCAAACAUUUCAACAAAUGUGGGAGAAAGAGAGAGAAGAAAAAUGACAUGAUUGUGUUGGUAUUUCCAUUUUGUAGCUUCCUUUUUCAUCUCUUCCUGUCAAACUAUGAUAACAAAAGGUGAAUAUUGUAAUAAAUUUGUCAACAGACUUUUAUUCUCAUAUUGUUAGACGUUCUACAAAUCAGUGAGUACUUGUAGACCGGCCAGAUUAGAUGAGUUAUUUUUUGUGAGUUUUUUAUUUUGUGAUGAUAAAGCUUAAACAUUGGACCAAGUAUCAUAUGUAAUAUAUCAGAUAUUCAGUAUGAAUCUGUUAUUGUGUUGUGAGUGAGAAGUAGUCCGUUUAUCUCGAUGAUGAAGUGCAACAGUAUUUUUGUUCUAAUAGACAUUCUAAGGAAGGAAUUGAAACUUGAUGUGAACAAGGUUUUUUUUAGGAAGUUAAGAGUUGUAAAUUGGUACUAGCCAGCAGUGCACAGUUUUAUGUGUUUUGGAAGUAUAUUCUUAGCCAAGCCUUGUCAAUGGAGAAUGAUACCUGUAAAGGGCACAGAAUAAGUGUGGAUAUUUACUUAUUGAUGUUAAUGUGAAUAUAUAAAGGUGGAAAAUCUUUACCAUGUACAUGUAUCAUGUGUUACGUAGCAUCAGGAGAGUCAUGGACUGGCAGACAAGAUUUCCAUUUUGUAUAUUAACAAGGCAGCGUUGUUGAGUACUGCAUCACAAAAUGGACGAUAAAAAAGUUUAUCUUGAUGUGACCCGUUAGUCUGAUAUGAUCCAUAUGAUAUAUUCUUGAUAAUUCUGUGUCUUGCCCCGGUUAUUUAUGAAAAUCAAUUGUAUAUGUAUUCAAAUUGCGGCAAGACGACAUGCAAUCAAAUGCCAUAUGGAGGCCUCUCUACAAUAAUCUAUUGUCAUAAUCAAAGAAAGGCCUUUGAAUCUACACAAUACAGUUUAUCAAUCAUGUGAUUUGGAUGUCUUCAGUAUAUAAAUACAUAAAAUCGUCUCUGUACAGGUUGUUCUGUGUUCCUCUUCAAGAGUACAGUAUUUUUUCCUCCACCAACCAGUGUAAAACUGUGGAUGCAUUGUAGAAUUCCCAACAUGUUUGAAUGUACUACGAGACUACAUACCAUGCAGAUAGUUUGCAUUUCUUUCCUGUUCUGUGUCAAAGUUUUACAUAACUAUUCUGUAAAUUGCUCAGGUUAAAGCAUGAGCAUAGAUUGGUAAAGUUGAUCGUCGGAGUUGCUUUAUAGUUGACCACUUGUAUUUCAUGAACUUGAUACUAAAGAACAGCCCAGCUUUGAUCUAGAAGCAUGUAUAAUUUUAAAAUAAUCAAUUGACAGCCUGUUUAUGGUUUAUACACAUUUGUGGUAUUAAUUCCAUGCAAGACAUACAGCAAUAUGCAACCUCCAAUUUUCAAAUUCCACCCCAAUAAUUCAGUAAAUGAAAGAUGUUGUACUUGUACACCAAUGUUGUACAUGCAUGAAUGUAUUCUAUAGUAUACCUUUGCUUAACUUCAAUACUACAAAGAGUGGACAGGAAUAGCGCUACCAGCAAAGUGUCCAAUCGCAAACCAAGGUACCAUCUAACCAAGGUCUGUCAAUUUAAAAUAACACACCAAUGUGUUAUUAUUGAUUUGCUAAUACAUGCACAACAGGUAUGCCAUACAGCUAUGAAAUGCAUUUAAAACCUUACUCUUGGUAGGACUCUGAAAAGAUUGCCAAUACACUCAAACCGUCUUAUUAAGGCCACACAAGGGAAACACAGAAAGUGACCACCCUAGACAGGUGACCUUUAAAGACAGGUUCCCGUUAUAGACGGGUUCUUCAAGACACGUUUCCUCCUAGAGAGAGGCAAUUCAGGCGACCACUUCAGGUAUCCCCCCCAAAACCAAGUCUAUGUACCUCCCGGAAGAUGCUUGUGCAGUUAACUAAAUAGUUUCAUUCACAUUUCUUGCUAUUCCUCAACAGAACAACCCCCUACCUCUGCAGAUAGCUAUUGUGUCUUUAAAUAGUUUUGUUAGCGAUCAUUAAAAAAUAAACCGUAUUGGCUGGAGCUACUUUACUGUCAAAGAGCCAUUGCAACGCAAUAGUUCAUUUUCCUUUGCUCAAUUAUUGUUUUUAAACAUUUUCUGUUUAUAUACAGAAGUCAAAUAAAUGAAACUGAACCUUACAAUGUGCACUACCUUGGACUCUAUUGAACCGAUGUAGUUCAUGAAACAGAAACAACUGUACAAGUUUUGAUGUAUAAGAAAAUGUAAUAGAACCUUGAUUUUAUUUUGUCGUAGCGUUAUUUUGCUUCUGUGAGAUUCAGUGUUUGUGUCAUAGGUGCAAAAGCUAUGUUUCAAAUCGCCCAUUAUUUUUUUUGUCAUGUGUUUAUUUUUUUCUUCUCUUUUCAAUUGAUGUUGUACAGUAUGAGUAGUAGAUGUGAUUGUAUAGGAAUAGUGAUCAGUUUUGUAGCUGGAAGAAAGAAAAAAAAAUCAUUUGAUUGAAAAGUGUCUUGUGAGAAAAAAAAUAAAAUGUUAGACUGAGACCAAACAAA